GACGACGAGGUGGUCCUGCAGUGCACCACCACGCUGCUGAAGGAGCAGCUCAAGCUGUGCCUGUCGGCCGAGGGCUUCGGGAACCGCCUCUGCUCCCUGGAACCCACCUCGAACGCCCAGAAAAACAGGGAGCCCACCUGUUCUGCACAGGAAUGUGCCCCCGACCUGGCCGUGUGCUGCUUCGUGCUGGAGCAGUCGCUGUCGGUGCAGGCCCUGCAGGAGAUGUUGGCCAACAGCUCCGAGAUGGGCAGCGGGUGGUCAUCUCAGGGUGGGGGUCACCGGACGUUGCUCUACGGCCACGCCAUCCUGCUGAGGCACUCCCACAGUGGCAUGUACCUGAGCUGCCUGACCACCUCCCGCUCCGUCACCGACAAACUGGCCUUCGACGUGGGGCUGCAGAAGGACGCGACGGGCGAGGCGUGCUGGUGGACGAUGCACCCGGCGUCCAAACAGCGCUCCGAGGGCGAGAAGGUUCGGGUGGGGGACGACCUGAUCCUGGUCAGCGUGUCCUCUGAGAGAUACCUGCACCUGUCCACGGCCUCGGGGGAGCUGCAGGUGGACGCCUCGUUCAUGCAGACGCUGUGGAACAUGAACCCCAUCUGCUCGGGCUCCGAGGAAGGGGUCGUCACGGGGGGCCACGUCAUGCGCCUGUUCCACGGCCACAUGGACGAGUGUCUGACCCCCACGGCCCCCGAGCAGGGCGAGGAGCGCAGCGUGGUGAACUACGAGGGCGGUGCCGUGUGUGCCCACGCCAGGUCCCUGUGGCGCCUCGAGCCCCUGCGCAUCAGCUGGAGCGGGAGCCACCUGCGCUGGGGACAGCCCUUCCGGCUGCGCCACGUCACCACGGGCCGCUACCUGGCGCUCACCGAGGCCACCGGGCUGGCCAUGGUCGAGGCCACCGCGGCCACCACGCUGGCCGCCUUCUGCUUCCGCGCCUCCAAGGAGAAGCUGGAGGUGGCCCCCAAGCGGGACGUGGAGGGGAUGGGGCCCCCCGAGAUCAAGUAUGGGGAGUCUCUGUGCUUCCUGCAGCACGGCAGCAGCGGGCUCUGGGUCAGUGCGCCCCUGACCUCACAGGCCCUGCGCCUGGGGCUGCUCAAGAGGAAGGCCAUCCUGCACCAGGAGGGGCACAUGGACGAUGCACUGACCCUCACCCGCUCCCAGCACCAGGAGUCGCAGGCGGCCCGGAUGGUUUUCAGCACCACGGGGCUCUACGGGGCCUUCAUCAGGAGCCUGGAGAGCCUGCAGGGCCGCCCCCGGGGGUCUGGCCGCCCCCGGGGGUCGGCGCCCCCCACCCUGCCCAUCGGGGGGAUGAUCCUGAGCCUGCGGGACCUGAUCGGGUACCUGGAGCCCCCUCCCCCCGAGCUGCGCCACGAGCAGCGCCAGGGCCGCCUGAGGGCCCUGAGGGGCCGGCAGAGCCUCUUCCAGCAGGAGGGGAUGCUGACGCUGGUGCUGAGCUGCAUCGACGGGCUGAGCGCCUACAGCACCGCGGCGCAGUUCGGGGAGGCCGCGGGCGAGGAGGCGGCGGCCGCCUGGAAGGAGAUCGUCAACCUGCUCUACGAGCUGCUGGCCUCGCUGAUCCGGGGUAACCGAGCCAACUGCGCCCUGUUCUCCACCAACCUGGACUGGCUGGUCAGCAAACUGGACCGGCUCGAGGCCUCCACAGGUAUCCUGGAGGUGCUGUACUGCGUGCUGAUCGAGAGCCCCGAGGUGCUCAACAUCAUCCAGGAGAACCACAUCAAGUCCAUCAUCUCCCUGCUCGACAAGCACGGCCGCAACCACAAGGUGCUGGAGGUGCUGUGCUCGCUGUGCGUGUGCAACGCCGUGGCCGUGCGCUCCAACCAGAACCUGAUCACCGAGAACCUGCUGCCCCGGCGGGACCUGCUGCUGCAGACCGGCAUGGUCAACUACGUCACCAGCAUCCGUCCCAACCUGUUUGUGGGGACGGCGCCGGGCUCGACGCAGUUCCGCUGCUGGUACUUCGAGGUGUGCGUGGAGCGGGCCCAGCCCUUCGUGACCCCGCAGCCCACCCACCUGCGCGUGGGCUGGGGGGCCGCCGGCUCCUUCCGGCCCGCCCCGGGCGGCGGCGCCGGCUGGGGGGGCAACGGCGCCGGAGACGACCUCCACUCCUUCGCCUUCGACGGCCUCCACCUGUGGACAGGAGGGGUCCCCAAGGCCGUGGGGUCCCCCCACCGGCGGGCCCUGGCCGAGGGGGAUGUGGUCAGCUGCUGCCUGGAUUUGGGGGUCCCCAGCGCCUCGUUCCGCCUCAACGGGGCCCCCGUGCAGGGGGUCCUCGAGGGCUUCAACCUCGACACCCUCUUCACCCCCGUGGCCAGUUUUUCGGCGGGGGUCCGGCUGCAGUUCCUGCUGGGGGGCCGGCACGGGGAGUUCCGUUUCGUGCCCCCCCCGGGCUAUGCCCCCCGUGCCGAGGCGCUGCUGGGGGGGCUGCGGUUCCUGCUGGGGGGCCGGCACGGGGAGUUCCGUUUCGUGCCCCCCCGGGCUAUGCCCCCU